AUGGACGGGGAACAGCCUGACUUUUCAGACACCCAGCAUCUUAUAAAUCGUAGGAAAACCAGGUCCAACGAUCGCGUCGCACUCAUUGUGAGUCUGUCCAAUCUCCGGAGCAAUGCUGCCAUCAUCAACACGAUAAAACACGAGGCAUUGACGCGCGGCGAUACUUCCCGCAUGGCGUCCCUUCAGCCGCGCCACAGCGGCUCCCCAAAGAUCGCGACGCGAUCAUCCUCCUCGGAUGGCGGCAAGCCUCGCUUCCUGUCGGCCGCCAUGAUCGCCGUCACGGAGCGCAAUAGAUUCACGGAAAUAGUCUUCGCGGCGCUGCUGCUGUCCGCGUCGCUCCGCAUCUGGCUCGACCUCCGUGUCCACGCGCCUCGCCCCGACGCCUUCCCGUGCCGCAACGGCGACUUGCCUCAGCCGCCCGACCAAUCGGCGUCAUCCGCGUCAGCGUACAUCAACGACAGCGUCGUAGCGCUGCCCGGCCGCGCGUGGCGGUUGCCGACGGGGGUGGCGCGGGCGUACGGCGGGCUGGGCGACGGGAAGGUGGACCCGGCGCGGUUCCGCCUGCACGUGAAGGUGCUCGUCUUCGACCGCCCCGCGUACGCGCUCCGCUGCCUGCGCGCGCUCGCCGCGGCGCAGUAUGACGCGGAGCCCGUCCACCUGGACGUCUUCGUGGACCACCCCUUCGCGCUGCGCGCCGACGCCGCGCCCUGGUCGCCGCGCGCCGCGAGACGCGUGGCGGCCUCCCACUCCCUCAUGGCGCAGAUCGACGCGUUCGCGUGGCCGCACGGGCCGAAGCGCGUGAUGUACCGAUCGCAGAGCGCGGGCGUGCAGGGCCAGUGGGUGGAGGCGUGGUGGCCGGAGAGCCUUGCUGACAUGGCGCUGAUGGUGGAGGACCACGUGGUAGUCUCCCCGCUGUACUACCGCUAUCUGAAGCGCCUCCUCGCGCGCUACUACUUCCGCCGCGCGGACUUCGACCCGCACGUGCUGGGCGUGUCCCUGCAGCGCCAGUCCUUCGUGCCCGGGCUGGGCGCGGACCCGCUCCCCCCGCUGGCGCACGGCGCGCCGUUCCUGUACGCGGUGACGGGCACGUGGGGGCAGGCGGUGCUGCCGGGGCCGUGGCGGCAGUUCCGGCUGUGGCUGGACGAGCGGCGGUACAACGGGUCAAGGCAGCCCCUUGUGGGCGGACUCAAGACCACCCAGUGGUUCCGCGACAAGCGCGCCGCCCCCCCCUCUGAUGCCCCCCUCGUGCCGCUGCUCCCAGGGAUGGCCGCGCCUGGGGGGAGGGCUGCUGGGGGGGGUGCUGGUGGGGGGAGCGGGGGCAGUGGGGGAGGGGGCGGGGAGGGGGGGGUGGAGGGGGCGGUGAGGGCGUGGAUGGAGGGUCCGCUGCCGGGCAUGGCGCGGGUGAGGCGGUUCGACCUGUGUGCUCGCGAGCUGCCGCACCUCCCCGUGGGGCACUCCCUGGCUGACCUGCACUCCCUGCUCUCCGCCGUUGCCCAGGACAAGCGGGUGUCGCUGGUGGUGGUGCCGCGGGGCGGCAGGGACGAGGUCAACAACUGGCUGUGCCACCUGGACGGCAGUGGCCUGCGCUCAUUCGUCCUCAUCGUCCCCCAUGCCAGCCUGGCAUCUGAGCUUUCAGCACGUGGCUUUGCUGCCUUCCACCUGCCGCCACUCAGCAGACGCCAGGUGGCACAGGGGCUGGGGCAGCUGACAGCGAGGGGAGGGGUGAAAGCAGUGAGGGAGAAGGAGGGUUUAGAGGAGGUGGAGGGUGAGGAGAUGGAUACUGCUGGGCAAGUGGAGGGGGAGGGUGAAUUGGAGGAGCAGGACGGUGAGGAGGAAGGGGGGGAGGGAGAGGGGGCGCGCAGCAGGUGGACGGCGCGGCACAUAGAGGUGGUAGUGGCGGCACUGUCGCAGGGCUUUGAUGUCUCCCUCAGCAACGUGGACGCCGUGUGGCGGGGCGACCCCAUGGCUACCGAGGCCCUCGGACUCAUCCCCGCUGACGUGGACAUGUGGGGCCACCUUGACACUGCUGACGUGGCAUCCAGCUUCUUUGUGAUCCGUUCUCGUGCAGCUACAGUCUCGGCGUGGGGCCAGCUGGCUAAGCUGUGUGCGCAGGUGCCCAAGGGGGAAGCAAAGGGGACUUGGACAAGGCAGAGUGCGGGGCUGAGGAGCCGCGAGGCGCAAAGACCAUCAGCCAUCCACUCCGCAGGCCCAGCUUUUAAGCGCCCAUGGCAUCGACCGGCGGCAUCGCCGCGAGGAGUGAAGGCACUGCGAGUCCGCGCCGCCCUGAGCAUCGAUGCCGCACGCACCACGGCAGUCGACCCCUUCUCGUUGCUCUCCGCCGUUCCGGCGCUCCGCGCGCCGCCUCUAGAAGAGGACUUAACGAGCAUGGCGGUGGGCGAGAGCCUCGCGGGAGGCGGAAGUCGCCGCGCGGAAGAAGGAUAUCUGAGCGGGGUUUGCGCUGCUGCCGACGUGCCCUCGACGCCCAACCGUCUGGCGUCCCGGUUGGGCGUGCUCUUCUUAUCCGCCGCGGCGGCAGCAGCGGCAGGAACAAGCAUGUCGGCGCAGGCCGUCCAGGCAGAAGCAGUGCGGACGGACGCCUUUCAGGCGGAAACAGUUCGGGCGGAGGCAGUUCAGGCGGAAGUGCAGGCGGAGGCAGCAGCGACAGCAGAGACGGCACCACCAGAGGCAGAACGGCAGGCGGCAGAGAUUGCGUGGCAGCUGCCGCCUUUAGCGGUCGUUGCUGCUACAGCCGUGCCAUCUGUCGGUCCAGCUGGCGGCAGUCGUAGUCCACGUAAGCAGACAGCUCAGCAGCACGUGGCAGCGCUGGAGGGACGCAUGCAGCGGAUGAUGGCGUGGGUGCGCCAGGGCAGGACGGGGCGGGCAGGGGAAGCGGGGGAAGCGGGGGAAGCGGGGCGCGAGGGGCGCGAAGGGCAGACAACGGCAGCGCAGCAGGCUGAGCUGCGGCGGCGGGUGGCGGGGGUGGUGGAGGGGCGGAGGGCGACCAGGCGGAAGCAGCGUGGGGGAGGGGGGGAUGCGGAGGGCUCGGGGGGGCGAGAGGCGGUGGGCUUGGAGGAGGAGGGCAGUGGAGUGGGAGGAGCGCGGUUGAGAGAGAUGGGAGGAGAGGGAGUGCAGUUGAGCGACGGUGGGGAGUGGCUGAAGGGGCUGGCAGAGCAAUAUGGCAUGGCUUUGCCGUCAGCUGUGUUGGCCACCAGGGGUGGAGCAGUCUCGGCAGCAGCUGCCGACCCAGCAGCAGCAGCGGCGGCGGCGGUGGUGGCGGGGAGGGUGCUGGCGGCGCUGAGGCAGGCGGAGCAGUCCACUCGCGCUGCAGCACCCCCACACCCCGCCACGCCACCCGCCUCCACCCCCCCACACGCCGCAGCAGCCCCUCAGAGCAGGGCGCAGGCGCUGCAGCCGGCACUGUCGCCCCUCGAACAGAAACUGGAGGAGGCGGAGGCGGCGUGGCAGCGGUAUGAGGCGGCGGUGCAGUGGACGGAGGGGCGCCUCUCAGCGCUCGCCACGCUCGCCCUCACCUCCACCUGCCCGCCCUCAUCCUCCCUCGCCGCCUCGCGCACCCAGCUGCUGUCCUCCCUCGCCUUCGCCCAGAAACGAGCAGCUGAGGAGGAGCAGCGGGUCACCCAGUUGCGCCAGCAGCUCACCAGCAGCCGCAUGCUCUCUUCCUCAUCCUCACCCUCCUCGCCCCUCUUCACUGCACUGCCUCCUUUCCAAUCCACCGUAACGCAACCUGCGGCCCCGUCUCUCCUGCCCACACCGUCACCGCCACCAGCACUGCCCUCCUCGUCCUCACACUCUCCCCACCCACCGCUGCCGCGGUCACUGUCGCUGCCGUCACGACCGCUCUCACCCGCCGCAUGGUGCCCCACCGAGGCCGCUCACACCACUCAGACGCUGCCCCAUGACACCACCUCGUUCACCAGCACCCAUGCUGCCUUCACCAUUCUCCAGCAGGCGCCGGUGCUGGUGGAGGGAGCACAGGGGGGCGAGUGGGCGAGGGAGUUUGUGGCGGAGUCGCGGCAGCGCGUGAAGCAGGAGGUGUGCGACGAGGUCAUCCGCAAGCUGCGCGAGGCGCGCCAUCCGAGCGCGCAGGCGAGCGGCUUCGACGCCGACCUCCUCGCGCACUUCAACCGCCUCCCCACCAGGUAUGCGUUGGACGUGAACACGGAGCGCGCGGAGGACGUGCUGACGCACAAGCGGCUGCUGGAGGAGGCGGCGCGGCUGCACGGGCUGCCCGUCUUCUUCGUCCGCGCCGUCCGGAUGGCGGCAGCGGGGGAGGCGGGGCAGCACGCGAGCAUGGAGACGGACGACCACCAUCCCGCCUUGCCGCCCCACGGAGCGCUAGCGCCGCCAGCGUUUGGGUCGUCGCCGAAUCUGGAGGAGCCGGUGGCGGGCGGCGGGCAGGGCGGUGCGGGCGCCAUGGACGCCGACCGCCACAACUCGCUCAGCGCGCCCUACUACAACGUGCCCAUGCACGAGGUCACCUUCUCCACCUUCGACCGCCCCAAGCUGCUCAGCCAGCUGUCAGCGGUGUUGGCGGACGCGGGGUUGAACAUAAGGGAGGCGCAUGUCUUCUCCACGUGCGACGGGCUCUCCCUCGACGUCUUCGUUGUCGACGGCUGGCCCACCGAGGACGUGGUGGAUCUGCAUGCAGCGUUGGUGCGAGUGCUGCAGGACGUGGCGAUCAAGAUCUUAAAGCCCGAGCGACUUAACGACUCGCUGCAGCAGGAAUUCGCCCAGGAGGUGUACAUCAUGAGGAAGGUGCGCCAUAAGAACGUGGUGCAAUUCAUUGGAGCCUGCACCAAGCCACCCAACCUCUCUAUAGUCACGGAGUUCAUGGUGGGCGGCAGUGUGUACGACUACAUUCACAAGCAGCGCGGCAGCAUGCGGCUGCCCAUGGUGGUGCGCGUGGCCAUGGACGUGGCAAAGGGAAUGGACUUUCUGCACAAGAACAACAUCAUCCACCGCGACCUCAAGGCUGCCAAUCUGCUCAUGGAUGAGAACGAGGUGGUGAAGGUGGCGGACUUUGGAGUGGCGAGGGUGAAGGCGGGCAGUGGCAUCAUGACGGCCGAGACCGGCACGUACCGCUGGAUGGCGCCCGAGGUGAUAGAGCACCGCGCGUACGACCACAAGGCGGACGUCUUCAGCUUCGGCAUCACGCUCUGGGAGCUGCUCACCGGCAAGCUGCCAUAUGCGGAUCUCACGCCCCUGCAAGCAGCUGUCAGUGUCGUGCAAAAGGGGCUGCGGCCGCCCAUCCCCAAAGGCACACACCCGCGGCUGGCGGAGCUGAUGGUGCGGUGCUGGCACACCAACCCCAACGAACGCCCCGAGUUCAGUGCCGUGCUGCGCCUGCUGGCUGACAUGGCGCACGAG